AAUAAGUAUGAUCUCCUACCAGUUAAUGAUAUUUACCACUUUCCAGAUAUAGCACAGACAACUAAUUGCACUUAAAGUAUGCAGAAGUAAGAAGAGUCAUUCUAAACAAUCAAAUGGCGAUCGUAGUAACAUUCGAUAUUACGGCAUAAGUCCCUUGUCAACAAACAUUUGAGAUCUGCAUAUACAUUGGCAUGCGGCGCUUAACUUACAGCUCGUCAGCAAAGUUAAGAUCUUCUAAGCCCAGCGACUAUAGGUGGCCGCCGGCAAGAACACUGCGCUUAACGCAACUCGCGAAAAUAAACACGACAGACGACUCCAACGAACCUCCGCGUAAAUAGUGUGUACACCUCGACGUCUGUCCUCGGCUCAAGGCGUCUUUUUCAGAAAUUCUUCCAGAUGUCAAUUUCCCAGACGAUUGUGCAUUUACCUUACUCGUAACAUUGUACCGCGAUGCCGGCGUAUUCGUCUGGCUUUGGAACAUCGAUCGAGGAUUACCAGUUAUUUAAUUUAUUAGGUAAAGGAGGAUUUGCAUGUGUUUACAGAGCAAAAUGUCGAAGAACAGGCAUCGAUGUUGCUAUCAAAAUGAUCGACAAAGGGCUGAUGCAAGCAGCCGGGAUGGUGGGUAGAGUGCAACAAGAAAUAAAGAUUCACCAAAGACUGAAGAAUCCAUCAGUUUUAGAUUUCUACACAUGUUUUGAAGAUAAAAACUAUGUGUAUAUAGUUCUAGAACUGUGUCAUAAUGGAGAACUUCAAAGAUAUCUAAAAGAGCAAGGACCUUUGUCUGAACAAGAAGCUGGUCGCAUCAUUCAACAAGUUGUUCAAGGUCUGUUGUACUUGCAUUCAUUUCAAAUUCUCCACAGAGACAUGUCAUUGUCUAAUUUGUUACUGACAAAAGAUAUGCAAGUUAAAAUAGCAGAUUUUGGCUUAGCAACACAACUGUCCAGUCCUGAUGAAAAACAUUUCACUAUGUGCGGUACUCCAAAUUUUAUAGCUCCUGAAGUAGCCACUAGAUCUUCUCAUGGUUUAGAAACUGAUGUGUGGAGUUUGGGUUGCAUGCUGUACACUCUUUUGGUUGGGACACCUCCUUUUGACUCAAAUGCUGUUCAGAGCACAUUGACGCGGGUAGUAAUGGCAGAUUAUAAAAUGCCAUCACAUUUAUCUGAGAAUGCUAAAAAUCUCAUAGAUAGGUUACUGAAAAAAAAUCCAAUUGACAGGAUACGAUUGAGAGACAUACUCAAACAUCCUUUUAUUACUUCAAUCGAUAAACAUGGGACAAAUAAUAAAAUUGGUUAUGGAAGGUUCUCCGGGGAUAAUAUUGAUUCAGGAUUAGGUAGAACUUUAUCUUCAAAUGGACAUACACGCAUCCGUUCCCGUUCUGAAGAACGCUCUGGUGCACCUGUAGCAUACAAUGGUUGCAGCACAAGAAGCGACCCUACGAUAGAUCCAAUUCCUAGUCUACAUAAGUCACAGAGCAUGAGGCGCUCAGACUACAAUAGAGACAAUAAUACGGACUCCAUACUAUCAGGAAUUAAUCUACCUCAACAAUCUGGUCGGAGCAACAGUCAAAUUCUUUUAUCAGAGUGUGAACCUCCUAUUCGACCGACACCUGUUCAGAGAUACGAUGAUUAUUACGAUAAUAACUAUACUGGGGAAGAAAAUUUACCUAGUGCUCGUUUACGUAAUAGUUACGAAGAUCACAAAGGACGCAUUAACAAUGAGCCGUUGUACGGUAUCAACGGUGUACGUUCUGAGGUUUAUAACAGUGGCCACAUCAACCGUAAUCACAGCAGCCAUAGUGGUAAUAGCGGUCAUAGUGGACACAGCGGAUACAGUGGGCAUAAUAUGGAACACAACGCAGGCCACUAUAGCAGCGGUGCGCGUAAUGUAAACCAUAGCGGGGGUCUAAGCGGUAACUAUACUGCGAAUCACAAUGAAAAUUACCAUGACCAAAAUGGGCCCUACAUGAAAGAAAAUAGAAUACAAAAUAACGUUCUUGAAGGCUAUACUAAUGUUCUAGAUGGUCACGGUAAUGCUCAUCGUGAACCUUUCAAGAAUCACGAAUUCCGGCAUACUAGUGAACGAAAUAGUAGAUCUUACGAAAGGUGCAACGGACACGACAGUGGAUAUAAUCGCGCUAUCAGUGGCCACGGUAGCGAUCAUAAUCACGUGAAAAGCUCCAGCAAUGGUAUACGAAUUGGGACUAAUAGUGAUGAACGCAUUACCGGACCUAAUAACGCUCACAGAGAAGAGCUUUAUGGCGGAAACAGCGGAGGUUCGAAUGGCAGUAAUGGUGAGAAUCACCGCCGUGCACCGAGUCGUGAUCGCAAUGGCAACAGUGGUAGUAGUAAACCGAAAGACAAUCCAAUUGUAUCGGAUGAGGUUGCUUCUAACAAGAUGAAAGUACCUCCACUGUCUACCAUAAGAUUGCAACCUACGAGGCAUAAAACAAAAAGUGCGAUUUUAACGAUUCUCAGCAGCGGUGAAGUUGUCGCUGAAUUUUUAAAGAAAAAAAAUAAUCUCGAAAGAAUAGGCGAAGUAUGGCGAGUGUCAGGUGAUGGUCUUCGGAUCAUUCAUUAUAAACCACAAGAGGUAGUUGAACCAAGCCAACAGCCUCUGCCCUUACCCACGCGGGGUGCUGACAGUAUGUUUUCUUAUGAAAAUCUUCCAGCAAAGCACCAACGAAAGUACGAUUAUGCUGCAGAAUUUGUCAAGCUAGUACGCUCUCAAACACCCAAAAUCACUCUAUAUACAUCUAAAGCCAAAUGCUUGUAUAUGGAAAAUGGCCCACAACCAAACUGUGAUACAAUAUUUUACGAUAGCAUUAAAGUUAGCCAAUCCAAAGGUAUUAUUAAAGUUAAAGACAAACUUGGUUUGACAUUUUCGGAAGCCGAAUUGCCUACAGAGCUUGAAGAAUACUACGACCAUUACAUCGAGUGUUAUAAACGUUGUCAACUUCUGGAAGCGUCUCUGACUUCCCUUGAAACUGCCACAAGCCAAUCAUUUUUUCCGGCUAUCAUUGGUAGAAAACCCGUAGCUCCAUUAAAUGAUAGUGCAGCGCCUCUGCUAGGCAAAGAAAAUAUCUUAAGAGAUCCUUCAAUUCGACCUGCCAUUCAGCAAAUGCCUUCCUUCGAUGCUACUUGCUCCAUGGUCUCAACAACUUUAAACGUUCCUGCUAAAAAUCGACACUCUAAUCACUUUCUUGAAUCAAAACCUGUGAAGGUUGAUGUGCCUGGUAUUGGUACAGGGGUUCAAAUGCCCUCUGGAGAUAUUAGAAUAGAUUACAAAGAUGGAUCGGUUCUCACGGUAAUAACGAAAAAAAAUGGAGAUGGAAUACUAUUCGAAAGUUCCGACGGUAGCAUUAUUCAUUAUAAUCCAAGAAAAGAUCCGAAGGAAAUGCCAGAUAUAGUAAAGAAGAAGCUGUCACAAGUGCCAAUUGUAGUUCAGUAUCUCGUGGAACCUAUUAGGCCAACGCCUCGAAGUAUACGUUAGUAAUACUAUUAAAAAUAUCGCGAUCAAUUUGUAAAAUUUAUAACUAGCGUGAGUUUGUAGUGUUGUCUGCGUACUACUAUACUGUGAAAGAUUAACUUUUAUACGCUCUUUAGAUUAUUUUUUAACUUGAUAUUAAUAUAUAUUUUUUAUAAGGGUAUAUUUACUUCGGAGAUAAUUACAAAAGCAUUAUUAUUAAUACUUAAGACACACAUGUUAUCUCUCGUGAAUAUUGAUAUACAUAUUAUUUAGAUAUAAUAUAUUUCUUCGUGCACCCUCUUUUAUCGCUUGUUAUGUUUUCUUGAAUUAGUUUGACGUUUAUUUCCAUUAAUGAAUUUAAUUAUCUAUGGAACAACUCGAUAAUUUCAUGUCGAUUGCUUGAUUUUUAAUGUUCUUUUAUGUAAAGUACAGUGCUGUAUCAACUACUAAUUAAUUGUAGUGAUACUUAAUAACCUUCAAGAAUUGGUUAAACGAAAUGAUUGUUGUAGGAAGCGUUUGACUCCAAAUAAAAUCCGCAUUAAACUUUUCGCAUUAAACUUGUUACUAAAACAUGUUAUAAUUUCAUAUAAAAUAAUCUUCUAUGAAGAAAUGUGUGAAUGAUCUUGAAUGAUUUUUAACGUACUUUUAUUAAAACCAAUAUUAAGGUGUUUUUUUAUGAAUCUGUAUAUUUAAAAUUUAAUCAGGCCCUCUAAAGAGUAUAAAGAAUAUACUAGCAGCAUGUGAGUGGACCAUUAUAAAAAAAUAUAACUAUCUACCUUAAUUUUAAAGUACAUGUAAUUUUAUGUGAAAUGUUAUAUUUGACCAAGUAAAACCAAUAUAGACAUCUAUAUUAUUGUCAUAGGGACGAAAUUGCAGUCUCAUAGCUUUUCUAUUGAUGAAUAAAUGUUUUCAUUCUUACUUGAUACGUUUAAAAAUUUUCG